CGAAACGUUCUGAGCCAGUCGCUACGACACAUUCGUUGCACUUCUCUUUCGUGUUUCACGCGAGUUAAGAUUUGUCCGAGUCGCCCAAUCGGUCAGUUGAAUUCGGACGAGCGUGUGGUGAGGAUCAAUCUUAUCACUCUUUGAAGAAAGAUCGAAGUGCCGUUUCUUCUUUCAUGAAGAAGACUUUUGACUUACAUAAGUGUGAACUAGUGCAGUGACGUCGCGUAUUAUUGCCUUGCGAGACUUCGACAAAGGUGUGAUUAUUGGAUUAAUGCUGUAAAUGACGGAUAUCCAUACGAAAAAGGAAAGAAGAAGGAUGAUGCUAUAAACACAGUGGCAUAGCGUCAAUAAAUCAGAAGAACGCUUUAAGUGCCUUUACGCAGUAUCAAAACACAGUGUCAAAAUGCUUGUCGACGAGGUGCCACAUAACUUCAAAAAGAAUUACAAUUACAGUCACUGCCCCUUAAAGAAGCGGCCGUUUUAUUAUACAUCCGAGGAUGAAGAAGAGGCUCCUGAAGCCAUCAAAGAAGAAAUAAUUGAUGUAGGAGUAGACGAUAUCCCCGAACCUGAGAAUCUCAGCACGAAGCCGGAGGAUCUCAGCAGAACCGCGGAUCGUCAUCAUAGUCCUCAUCAUCAACAAUCGCAACACCAACAACAACAACAACAACAACAGCAGCAGCAAGAACAACAGGAACGCGUGUCUAGCAGGAUGCCGGCUCCGAUUUUCAAGACGUCUCCGCCACCUUUGACGAUAGAGCCAUCCUCGCCGACGACUCACCAUGCGAUGCAUUACGUUCACCCGUUACAUCACUAUCACCAUCACUAUCCGACCAAGACUAUCACGCCGCCAGCGGGAAUCGCACCGACCCAUCAUCCGAUGGUGAAGAAGGCGCGAGUUGAAGUGAUCCAGCAUAACGACAAUUCCACGACGCCGACGGCGGGUGUGACGGCGACGUCGACACCACUACACUUCAUAGCGAGUAAGGGUCCUUUGGAGCCAUUGAAUCUAAAUCCUCCGGUAGAGCCGUUGGCCCAUUACCCCACGGCAGCCUGGGCUCGCACGGGCCCGCUGUAUACGCCACAUUAUCUGCCGUACGCCCCGCCAACUUAUCAUCGCUAUCCUGGAGCUGAAUUGUAUUCGUCGUAUCCGGUAGCGGCGUAUCCGCACUCCUCUCCGGAACAUCACCCGUCAGUUUCGCCACCGCCCCACGGCGCACUGACCUGCUCGACGAUUCAACGGCCCAUCGCCAGGAGUUAUCCUCACUGGAGCAGCCCGGACCAUUGCGGUUUGUCGCCUACGAGUUCCGUGGGUUCCGGCUCUCUGAGAUCUCCGCCUCCUGCGACGCCGGAAGACCUUUCCUCUCCAAGCAGUGAGAGCGGCAGGUCCUCCGCCGGUAGCACCUCUGCCGGGACCACGAUUGUAAACACGAAGAUAGAGAAGAGCAGCCCAAGCACCGGCGCCAGUACCUCUUCGAGCACGACACCGGCCAGGUACCCAUGCGGAGACUGCAACAAAUCAUACUCGACAUUUUCCGGUUUGUCGAAGCAUCAGCAGUUUCACUGCGCAGCCACUCAAGGCCAGUCAAAGAAGCCCUUCUCGUGCAAAUUCUGCCAGAAGGUGUACGUCAGUUUGGGCGCGCUGAAGAUGCACAUCCGAACACACACGCUGCCCUGUAAAUGUCAUACGUGUGGCAAGGCGUUCUCCCGGCCGUGGCUCCUUCAGGGUCAUAUUCGGACGCACACUGGCGAGAAGCCGUUCCGAUGUCAACAUUGCAAUCGCGCGUUCGCCGACAGGAGCAACCUCAGGGCUCACCUGCAGACCCAUAGCGACGUUAAGAAGUAUUCUUGCGACAGGUGUAGCAAGACAUUCAGCAGGAUGUCGUUGCUUACGAAGCAUCAGGAUGGCGGCUGUCCCAGCGUACCGGUGUCAGUCGGCUAUUCUUGCUAAAGUUUUUCUCGCGUUUCUGUGACCCACGACAAUCGUAUGUCGCUCGUUUUUAUUUCGCGGUCUCAAAGUGCCUUAGAAUGCAGUACAAAUGUCGAGUUAGUGAAGUCCGAGUAGCUUGGUGAAUCACUGGCGAAGUAUCGAUAAUCCUUUUGCCAUGUUUUAUAUCCUUACAGAAAAAGUGAGCUUUAAAAAAUUUUUUUAUUUAACAAUAUUCUCCGGAAAGUUGCAUUGUUAAUUUAUAAAGUAAAAGAUUCUUUUUUUAUUUAAUUUAUAAAAAAAGAUUCUUUUUUUUUAUUUUGACUUGAUUUUGAUAUUUUUUAAUUUGGAAAUAAUAAGUAAUCAAAAUUUUAUUAUUUUGACUUUUAACAAUGGCGAAAGAAUUCAUAAUUUCAUGCAUUCUCGUCAAAUAUAUCGCUCGAUCAUAUCAAACGCAUUAUUAAGAAAUAAACUCGUCAGACAGGUAUCUCGAAGUUUCGUGGGAGUUGGUUUCGUUUGUUUAUUAUCCUUCGUUGUAAAUAUCGAUGAAACACGAGUGUGCAGCAUACAGCGAUUCACAAAAUAUUUAUUUUCUCUUAAUUGCAAAACUUCAAAUUUUAAUUUUAAAAGAAAAACUAUGAAUUAAAAAAAAUAUAUAUUUGUAAUAUAUAUAAAUAUGUAUAAAUAUAUAUAUAAAAAUAUGUAUAUAUAUAUAUACAUGAAUAGAUAUGUUAUUAUAUAAAAGAUCCUACCUAGAAAGAAUAUCAAUCGUUUGAAGUUUGCAAUUGAGAAAUAAUUUUGUGACUAAUUGUACAAGCGUGCUGACGCGAUAUAAUAGUACUUAGAGAUUAUUUCGUCCUUUCGAGAGAUCGGUCACGUCGCUCCGAGCACGUGAGAAAUAUCAAAUAUAAAAAGCUCGAUUAUCGCGUGAUGUGGUCCCGUGAAACUGCUGUGCCAUUUUCCGUUUCAUGCCAUUUUUUUUUUUUUUUUGUUUCAUUUAUUCUGAUGCACUCGAGCACACAAAACACGAUUAUAUAAAACAAAAAGAUCGGGAGAUAGGACGAUUUGCACGUUUUCUUUUUUUUCUGAGUUAUGUUUCUUUUGUCGGCGUGCGAGCGCAUGCAUUAUUUAUUAUCGUGACUCGAUCGAAACUUAUUUAACAUUAAUUACACAACGAUCCUUUUGGAGAAAAAAUCGUCUAAAAUAAAACGAGAAAUAAACGCGGAGUUUUAUGAAUAUAUUGAAUUAAAUGAUAUAUUUUUUAACAGGGUGCAUUUCAACCACGAUCGACGUGAAUUUGAACAAUUUUCUUAAGAGUUGUCACACUGCAAUGCACCAAAGUGCCAUUCGCGAAAGCGCCAUGUGCGCGUCGCGCCGGGUGGAAUCUCAUUCGCGCGCUCGCACGCGUUAACACGCGAAUUGUACAUAAUUUAGCGCUUAAUGGUUAGCGAGUAAAAUAUGCACAGUACGAGUAUUAUAAUUUGCCUCGCAGGCAAUUGGGCAACUGGUCUGAUAAGAGGAAAAUAAGGUGUUUAACGCGUGGAAAAACGAAGAGAUCUCGGUUUCGCACGUCGCAUUAUCAUUUUCUGUAUUUUGCGCAUUUCGCAAAUCCACCGUAAGUUUCUUGAACAAACUAGUCAUUGUAUUAUACCCAGAGGAACAAAAGACUCGUUAUGAAUAUUGAAAAAGAUAUAGAGAGAGGUAUAGAUGUUAAGAGUGAGCCAUCGUUGCAUACUUUUACUUUUUAUCGUGCGUGUAAUUAGCAACAUGGCUCAGGCGAGUACCACUAUUCCUAGUUUUGUAAAGAAAAUAAACACUACUACGAAAUACAGAUAUUGCCUAUGUAUAGAGAUAUUUUAUACGAAAUAAAUUACGUGGAUUUUAAAUUUAAAAA